GUUUCAGCGAAAUGGCUUUGGUAUUGUUGAUGGGUACACCUGGUUCCGGCAAGACAUAUCUGUGCGGGGAAUUGAAGAUGAAACUUGGCGAUGGAAUUUGUGCCACUUUCUCAUAUGAUGAUAUUUUCAACGAUGAUGGUUUCAUGGAGUACCUAUGGGGCAAAGAAUAUGCCACUGGAAGUAUGCUGCGACUAUAUAGUUUGGAUGGUAAUACAAAUGCUCAUAAUGAACGGAAAAGAUGUGAAAAUCGGAUACGGGAAUUUUUGAAAGUGACGCUAUCAGUUGAAGAUAUUGUACCACCGGUAACUGUGGUUGAUGAUAUAUUUUAUUUGAAAAGUAUGCGAAGACCGUUCCGUAAAAUGUCAAUAAUGUUUCAUCUUCCGUAUCUAGUUGUGCUGGUAGAUGUGCCAAUUGCUACAGCUCUAACACGGAAUAUGCAACGUCCUGUGAAGUGUCGCGUUUCGGAAUCAACCAUUCGGAAAAUUCAUCAACAAAUGGAAUUACCAUCAAAAGAUGAUGGUAACUUCUUCAUCUAUCAAUCUACAGAUGAUCUAAAAUCACUAAUUGAAUAUAUUGAUCGCAUUAGAUUGAAAACAAACUUAUGGCUUAAUUCGGAUAAUGUCAGGUCAAGAAUAUCUGAGAAAGACGAGGGAACAUCAUCGAAUGACGCGAAACUGAUGAAAUUGGAGCUUGAUCUGCGAAAAUGUGUCAGUGAAUUGAUUCGAGAAAAAAAUAUUGGUAAAGAUGGUAACAUAUUAGCUAAAAUGAAGAAAAGUCUUUAUUGGAGAAUACGAACAGAAGAUGUUAUUGAUUGGGAUAUGCAAGAACUGAAGGAUAUUUUGUGGAAAGAACUUCAGGUCUGA